GCAUAAAUUGUAAAUGAAAGGAUCUGCCAUCAUGUCUGCUCUUUUCAAAGUAGCUUCCUCUAUGCGGCACACAUUAUUACAAACCCGCAACAUAGCUAGCACAACUCCCAGGUUGAUAAAAGAAAUCCAGGAGAAAGAGGAAAACAACGUGCGGAUCUUUGAAGGCAUUAACGUUGACUCUCCACGUGCAGAGAAAAUGCUAAAGUCAGCCUGCCAAACCACAUUCUGCCCGGAGUGUACCUUGGGUCUUGAUAUAAAACACACGGACGUCCUCAUCCUGUCGCAGUACGUCCGCUCCGAUGGCUGCAUGCUGCCCCGGCGGAUAACUGGACUGUGUCAUCGUCAGCAGAAAAAAAUGGGAACCUUGGUAACGAUGGCUCAAAAGGCGGGACUGAUGCCGAAUCUGGCGCCUUCGUGGAGUAAGAAGGAUCCCAAGAAACGCUUUGGCUGGCGCAAGUUUAACAAGUACUUCCUGGAGUCGACAAUUAAAUAUUAACUAGUUUUAAAGGAGCAAUAAAUGUAAUGUUUGUUACCCAGAAACAACUAUGGGGCUUUAAAAAUGUAAUCCUCUUUUUCGAGCUUUUUGUACAA